AUGGCGUUCCUCUUUCGCAUCCGAGCAUCGGAAUCUCUUUUCCGGAACGUGACUCAAUUCCGUUUCGUAUCUACCAAGACCUCGCUCACUAACAAGCAGAAGAAGAGCCGAGAUGUCCUCUCCCUUCUCAGAGCCGAGCAAAAUCCGAAUCGGAUCCUCGAAAUCUGCAGAUCCUCUUCUCUCAUCCCCGAUUAUCACGUCGACCGUAUCGCUCUCUCCGUCGCGAUCGUGACACUAGCGAGAGAGAAACACUUCGCCGCUGUGUCGCAGCUUCUCGACGGUUUCAUUCAGAACCAACCCAAUCCCAAAUCCGAUAGCUACGCCGCCCGCGCCAUCAUCCUCUACGGCCGAGCGAAUAUGCUUGAUCGAUCUCUACAGACAUUCCAUGACCUCGAGCGAUACCAAAUCCCAAGGACGGUGAAGUCUCUAAACGCUCUUCUCUUCGCUUGCUCAAUGGCAAAUGAUUACAAAGAAGCGAAUCGAAUCUACCUCGAGAUCCCGAAGACGUACGGCAUUGAGCCUGAUCUCGAAACGUACAAUCGAAUGAUCAAAAUCUUCUGCGAAUCCGGAUCAACGAGCUCAUCAUACUCCAUCGUCGCAGAGAUGGAGAGGAAAUGGGUAAAGCCAACAGCUGCUAGCUUCGGGCUAAUGAUUGCUGGUUUCUACAGAGAAGAGAAGUACGAUGAGGUCAGGAAAGUUUUGAGGAUGAUGAGAGAGUUUGGAGUUCAUGUAGGCGUUGCUACGUACAACAUCAUGAUUCAAUGUUUGUGUGAGAGCAAGAGAUCGUCAGAAGCAAUGGCGUUGCUUGAUGGUGUUGUCUCUAGUAGGAUGAGACCGAAUUGCGUGACGUAUUCCCAUUUGAUUCAUGGGUUUUGCGGUGAGGAGAAUCUGGAUAUGGCGAUGGAUUUGUUUGAGGUUAUGGUGAGGAGUGGAUACAAGCCUGACAGUGAGUGUUACUUCACUCUGAUACAUUGCUUGUGCAAAAGAGGAGACUUUGAGACUGCUUUGUUCCUUUGUAGGGAGAGUAUGGAGAAGAAUUGGGUUCCGAGUUUUAGUCUCAUGAAAUGGCUUGUUUAUGGACUAGCAAGUGUCUCCAAGGUUGAAGAAGCUAAAGAGCUGAUUAAACAAGUUAAAGAGAAGUUUGCUAGUAGAAAUGUUGACUUGUGGAAUGAAGUUGAAGCUGAAUUGCCUCAGUGA